AUCCGCGUGGCCAAGGAGGACCAGCACAAGACCGCGUUUCGCUCUCGAUUUGGACACUACGAGUUCACUGUCAUGCCUUUCGGCCUCCGUAACGGUCCUGCCACCUUCCAGAUGGCUAUGAACACGAUGUUCCAGGACCUUCUCGAGGACUUUGUUCUAGUCUACAUUGAUGACAUUCUGAUCUACAGUCGUACCUUAGAGGAGCAUAUGACCCACCUCCGCACUGUCCUCCAGCGAUUACGCGACCACGGAUUCUAUGCGAAGCUCUCCAAAUGCGCCUUCGCUCAAUCCAAGGUCGACUUUCUAGGACAUCAGGUCUCCGAGCAUGGACUCCACAUGGACGACUCGAAGAUCCAGGCUAUCGUCGAUUGGCCUACACUUACUUCUCUUCCUGCGCUACGUAGUUUCCUGGGGUUGACCAACUACUACGGUCAUUUUCUUAAAAACUACGCGCAGUACUCUUCACAGCUGACUCCUCUGACCCGCGGACGUCUACCCUUCCAUUGGACCCCAGCUCAUGAGGAUGCCUUUCGCUCUCUGAAGCGACUUGUCACGUCAGCCCCUGUCCUACACCUACCCGACUACUCCUGCCCAUUCAUCGUCACCACCGACGCGUCCGACUUUGCCAUAGGAGCUGUCCUCUCCCAGAUUUACCCAGGCCCUUCUACUUCUCCCGACCCCACAGAGUCUCGUCUCGCUCGCAUUCCUCGCUUUCCCCGCCCACCCCCAGCGACUGCGGCUCGACUUGCACCUAUCGAGCCCACCCCCUCAGGGGCUCCACCUCCCUACACCCCUGACGUCGCUGAUGACGGCACAGUCGAGUCUCGCGAUGGAGAGUGCCUGGUUGCUUAUCUAUCUCGACAGCUACAUCCUGCUGAGCGUAACUACACUGCUGACGAGCGUGAGGUCCUCGCGCUGGUUUACGCUGUUAAGAAGUGGCGUCAUCACUUACACGGUCACACAUUCACCGUCCUGACGGACAACUCUGUCCUCCCCGCUUUCCAGACGAAGCCGAAGCUUACCCCUCGCUAGGCUCGUUGGUGGCGUGAUCUCGCAGAGUUCGACUUUACCAUCA